AUGUUGGAAAGUUGUUACAAGAUUCAGGUUAGUUGUCUCCUUAUCAAUGCGCUGACUCUGGUGAAGGAGGAGGAGAAGGUGAAAGAGGAGAAGCAAAAGGAAGGGUUUAAGACAAUAACAAUGACGGAGAAAUUUAGUUGUUGGACUAAAGAUUUGUUUGAGAUAUUAAUGAAUGAGAAUAGAUGGAAGGGAUUUACACAGAGUAAUGCUAGGAUAAGUAAGGAAGUGGGAGGUAAGUUUAGUAUAUUUGAUGGAUCGGUUACAGGGAGUAAUGUGGAGUUGCAAGAAGGGAAGUUGCUUGUGCAGAAAUGGAGGUUUGGUAGUUGGCCUGAUGGUAUACAGUCCAUGAGUGGAAUGGAAGCUGAAGAAUGGUAUAAUUGACCUCAACUGAUUUGGGAUUUGAGUUAGUCCGGUAAGGCCCUUGCUUAGCCCGGGCCCAAGAUCAAGGUAAUAAUGCACUUCAUAGGUUUUAACUGAAAAAAUAAUAAUUUGUGUACGUUUCUUAGGCACAACUCUUUUAAGAUGAUAGCAUUUAAUUUCAAUCCACUUGGGCUUCUGUUUUACCAGACAGCAUGUUCCAGUUAUCGUCCGGGCUAAUAUUUUGCUCUGCCUAUGUAACACAAAAAGGCAAGAGAUAAUGAAUGCUUCUGUUUUAAGAAUGGCCUUGUAGAAUUUUACCUUAUCAGAAAAAAAUCAAAAAAACAAUGGCCUUGAAGAUGUUUAUCUUCA